AUGCCUGGUCCGGGUGGCGGUAGUUCGGGCGCGCCGGACUUUGCUACAUUUGCUCAGCAUGGCCCUGUCUCCAUCGCGCCAUCGCAUGGGCCUCGGAGACACAAGACAACACGCGGUCUGCUAAUUGCCAAGGGCCCUGAAGCAUCCCCGCUCGCAGGCAAAGUGCCGCACUUACUGCUGCACGCGAAGAUGUACGCCGCUGCGGAACGAUACAAGAUUGGUGGGUUAAAGGCAUUGGCAUUGGAUAAGUUCAAGAUCCAGCUGACACGGCAUUGGGAUGCGCCCGAACUCGCUGAAGCGAUCCACGUAAUAUUCAUGGAGACUCCCGCAACAGACAAGGACAUGCGUGAAGCUGUAGCAGACACGCUUGAGUGGCAUCCAACUCUCCUCGACAAGCCUGAGAUCGAGACGUCGAUCAUGGAGAUCAAUGGCUUAGCAUAUGAGUUAUUGCGACGAAGUCGAAGGGCAGAACCGGAGUACGACUAA